ACCCCAGGCCCAUAGAGUAAAUUUAACCUUAAUCUUAUAAUUGUAAAUAUGAAUGAAGAAAUUGAUGAAUCGGAGUUUUAUCACCAGGAUUUUACCACUGCUUCAGAUUGGGAACUCUUUAUUGCAAGAUUAGAAGAAAUUAUUCAUGACUGGAGUAACGAAGACGUAAAGUCUAAUGCGGAAGUACUGCAGCCCUCUCCUCAGGGAGUGUGGAGUGUUAAGAGCGAUAGAAUAUACUUUGUAGACACAGAAUUUACGUUUUCAUAUUAUAAAAACACAAGCAUUUUAGACAAACAAGGAGAUGAAGAAGGUAACUUUAAAAUAAAACAUCCGCUUCAUUCAGAGCACAAUUUCAUUCUUGAUGAUGGGGUAGAAUUAAAUGCUGAGUUUUGUAUACCAAUAUGGUAUGGUUUAAAUCGGUUUAUGCUUCUAUCGUCAGUUAAAAACGAAGGAAUAACGUCUGAGAGUAAAAUUAAAAUCCUGUUAAGUUCCUUAAAUAUUGCCAUUGGUAAUACGAGCUGUAGUACACCAUUAUUUGUGCAAAUAAGAGAAAAGUGGCAAAAAUGUUAUUUAGGUGUCUGUGAAGUGGAUAAUAUAAGAACAAACUUUGAUAUGAUUCAUUUACAAAAAGGUCCUCAACAUUGCCAGUAUCUCACUGGUUUGUUAGACCUGUUUAAAACAAAAGUUAUGUCUCCAAUAUCAUUGGAUCCUGUUGUUAUAUCUGUGCAGUUUACAUAUACUUUGAACGAGUUUGGGAAUGUUACUUGGAGGUAUAAAGUAUUGGAUUAUGAAUCUGAAAAUUAUGAAAAUGGCUUAUGUGCACUUCCAUUUGGUGUGUCUUAUGAACCUAUCAGUGCUAUGCAAAUAAAGUGUUCUUGGUUAAAUCUACAAGAACAUUUAGUAGUUGAUUCAGAGAAUUACACUGAUUUUGAUCCUUUACAAGCUCAAAAAUGGUCUUUAUUAUCAUUGUUCUCUGAACCACCCGUUUGUCUACUGUCAGAAUGCUUGAGUGAUUUUUUGUCUUUAAUCAAUAGUUCUGCAACUGUUUGUGAUACUCUGGGAGAUUUUAUUACUUCAUCAACAACUGAGAGUAGCAAUCCAUUAGAUUUAUUGACAGAACCGAAAGUUCCAACUAUAUCAACUGUGUUAAAACGAGCUGCUAGAAAUUCAUUGACAAGUGCACGAAGCAAAAGCUCUGCUGCACCUUUAGCAGAAGAAGUGCUUGUGCCACUCCUUUAUUAUUUGUUUCCUGAUGCUGAAGAGGUUUCAACUUUUCCAUAUACAGAGCAAUCUGUUAAGUUAAAUGAGACUUCCACUAUUGAAAACUUGUCUAAAGGAUUUAAAACCUGCAAUUCCGACUCGCUAGUGACUCGAUUGGCCAUUGUAUUAGCACAAGCUCAGAAUACUUUGGGAGGACCAAGAUCAUUGGCACAAUUAUGGUUUGAAUUUUACCAAGAAAUGAGAUACAGAUGGGAAAAGAGUGUGAUAAUUCCUGGGUAA